AUGUUUGUUGAGACGCUGCUCAACAAGGGCGCCGAUAAGGAGGCUAAGGACCGCUUCGGCCGCAUGCUGCAUGCUGCUUCAUGGUGCAUGAGGCCAAAGGAUGACGGCAGCAGCAUGCCGCUGCACUGGGCUGCCAUAGGAGGAUAUCAGGGUGUAAUGCAGCUGCUACUCAAUAUGGACGCCAAAGGGAGGCGAAGGAUCAGUUUAGCAGCACACCGCUUUACAUGUAUAGCUGCUAUUGAGGGCAUGAGGCCGUGGCGCUGCUGCUGCUUGACGGGUUUUGCCGAGAAGGAGGCCAGAGACAACAGCGGCCGCAUGUCGCUACACAGUGCCAUCGCCAGAGGGUACGAGUCUGUGGCUCGGCUGCUGAGAAAAGAGAGUAACCACCUCGUUCAUAUACCUCGGAAGUGGCAAAUUGAUGCUGGGCAAAUGAAGAAAUGGUUCUUUAGUUGA